CCCAACCAAUUUUGAUUCUCACUCUUUGCCCUUUCGUCACUGUCAAAAAUUCAACUCUUCAAAUUGCAUUUCAAUUUCUGAAACCCCAAAAAGUUUCCCAACUCAUCGUCUUGUGUUAAACCUGAAGCGUACUUGUUCCUAUGUUCAGCAACCGUAAAAACAGUCAACAAGAAACAACAUGUCAUUUGUUGCUAAAAGAACUCCAGAUAAUAUGGGAUGAAGUUGGAGAGUCUGAUUCUCAAAGGGAUGCAAUGUUACUCGAAAUAGAACAGAAGUGUCUGGAUUUGUACAGAAGCAAAGUGGAUGAAGCCAAACUGUAUAGAGCACAAAUUCAGCAAGAAAUUACAGAUUAUGUGGGAGAAAUUGCUGGCAUAUGUGCAGCAUUGGGUGAACAAUCACCACAUUUUGAUCCAAAGUCUUGUGGAAGCUUGAAGAAAGCACGUGAAAAAGUGGUUUCACAACUUGAGGAGAUGCGCAAGCUGAAAACCGAAAAGAAGAAACAGUUUGCAGAGGUCUUAUAUCAGUUGAAGAAUAUCUCUAUUGAGCUUCACGGCUCCAAGGUGGUUAAUGAUCAUUUAGAUGAGAACAACUUGUCUUUAAAAAGACUACAGGAAUUAAAGAAGCAAUUACUUCAAUUGCAAAAUGAAAAGGCCAAUCGACUGAAACAGGUGUCUGACCAACUCAACACUCUCAAUUCAUUGUGCUCGGUCCUUGGUUUAGAUGUCAAAGACAAAAUUUGUGAUAUCUUCCCCACAAUGGUUAAUUCAUCUCUGAGAAAAGAUGUUAGUGACAAUACAAUAAAGAAUCUGACUUCUGAAAUACAAAGUUUGAGAGAGAUUAAAAUACACAGAAUGCAGAAGCUUCAAAGUCUUGCAGCAUCUCUAUUAGAGAUGUGGGAUUUAAUGGAUACACCGCUGGAGGAACAGCAGAAAUUUCUCCAUGUUACCAGUAAAAUUGCAGCUUUGGAAUCUGAAUUUACUGAGUCUAAAAUACUUUCAAUUGAUUCCGUGAUUUACGUUGAGAAGGAAGUUGAAAGGCUUCAAGAACUUAAAUCAACCAAAAUGAAAGAACUAUUGCUGAAAAAGAAGUUGGAGUUAGAGGAAAUAUGCAGGAAAACACAUCUGACUCCACAAACAGUUUUUCCAGGCCAACAUUCACUUAAGCUUUUAGACUACGAUCAAAUUCAGCACCUAAUUACUAAGGCAAAUGAAGAAGCUCUAGGCCGGAAAGAAAUUCUUGAAAAGGUUGAGAAGUGGAUGGCUGCAUGUCAAGAAGAAAGCUGGCUGGAGGAGUACAAUAGGGAUGAUAAUCGUUAUAAUGCUGGAAGAGGUGCACAUCUUGCUCUAAAACGUGCUGAGAAGGCCCGUGCUUUAUUAAGCAAAAUUCCUGGCUUGGUAGAGGCAAUAAUUUUAAAAGUUAAAGCGUGGGAGAAAGAAAGAGGACAAGAGUUUUUGUAUGAUGGAAGCCGGCUACUUUCCAUGCUUGAAGAUUACAGCAUCUUAAGGCAGGAGAAAGAGAAUGAAAGGCAAAGGCAGAGGGAUCAGAAGAAACUUCAGGGACAAUUGAUGACCGAGCAUGAAACACUUUUCGGUACAAAACCCAGCCCAUCAUCUAAAAGUGGGUACAAGGCUCCUAGAUGUUCAACAGGAAUUCCAAGUAUUAGAAAGUUUUCCGUUGGUGGAGCAAUGCUUCAGGAUCAAAGACAUGCCUCUCUUAUUCACCAAUCUAAUAAAAAGGGUAUCAUAACCAAUCACAAAGGCUCCAUCCUUCGCAACAAGAACAUUUACCAUUCAACUCAGUCCUCAGGAAAGGAAAACUCUAAAAGUGAUGGUUAUGCAGUGAAGAGUGGAAGCAGUGCAGAAAAGAGCAUUGAAAUUCUGUCAUCAUUGACUAGGAAGCCCCUCUCUCCUCUUUCUCCUGCAGCUCUGUCUUCAAGCAACAUAUCAAAUCUUCAACAAGACCUUAGUAAACUACAGAAUGUAGCAACACAGCAAAAAAGUCAAAUUUUAACAGCAACAACUUCACCAUCCAGAGCAUAUAUAGCUGGUGCUGAAGAAAAUAUGACACCAAAGAAUAUGACUCUUCCAGUUCCUACCACUCCUUUGACUUCAGUCCCUAUGUUGACUUCCACUACACCAGACACUGUGUAUUCAGGUGCCACUGCAUCUUCAAAGACUACUCAAUCAUUUGAAUACUCAUUUGAGGAAGUGCGAGCUGGUUUUAUUCUCCCUAAAACCCAUGCUCAAUGAUUCACACUUUGGUUUAGGAAGUGGUUCCACAACCAACACAUGUUGCUGCAAUAAAAACAUUGCGAACUUCCUUUUGAUGUUUUUGAGGAAUAUUGGUUGGGGCUUCAUUCACUCAGCACUAGUGUAUUUUGGUUGAAACUUGUUCAGCAUUAUCAUGUUGCUAUCAUGGGUUUCAGCUUGAUCCAUCAAAUUAAUACUCUGGUUUUUUAAAAGUAGGUCUCUUUUUGGUUCUUUUACAAAA